CAAUCUUCUCUCUUUCAGUGAUCCAUGCGCAAAGCCUGCUACUCCCUUGCUCGCAAUGCUCAUCGAAGCCAAAUACGGACACUCGCAACCACUGCCCCUGCUCCUCCUUCCGUCCAUAUAACCACCUUGCCCAAUAAAAUUCGUGUAGCUACCGAGACCACCCCUGCUUAUUUUUCAUCCGUAGGCCUCUAUGUCGAUGCUGGGUCGCGCUACGAGACCGACGACAUUCUGGGGAGCACCCAUUUCUUGGAUAGGAUGGCUUUCAAGUCUUCGUGGUCGCGGUCCGACGAGGAGAUGUCGGCAGCUGUGCAUUCGCUCGGGGGCCAGAUAUUAUGCUCGUCAUCCCGGGAGGCUAUCAUGUACCAGUCUUCGCAUUUCCACCAGGGAACACCACUGGCCACGGAGCUCAUUGCAGACACGAUUCUGAAUCCUGAAUUCCUUCCUGAGGAAAUAGAGGCACAGAGAGAUGCUGCUCGUUACGAAAUCCGCGAACUCUCAGCGAAACCUGAAAUGAUACUCCCCGAAAUCAUUCAUGGUGUUGCAUACAACCACAAAGGUCUCGGAAAGUCGCUUCUGUGUCCUGAGUAUCGUAUAGAUGCCAUAGACGGACCGAUCUUGCGUCGGGCGAUGGCCAGCUGGUAUCGGCCAGAGCGUAUGGUUGUCGCUGGCGCUGGCAUGCCCCAUGAGCAGCUCGUUGAACUCACAGACAAGUACUUCUCGUCAUUAAAAGUCAUGCCUGCCCCCGGCCCAUCAUUAACAUACCGACCAAACACCCCUCAGCAGCAGGCCCCGAUAAACUUGUUAUCUUCCUCUGCACCUUCUGUGACAAAAACUUUGACGCGGGCUGCAUCCUACCUGUUCCCUGCCACCCACAACGAUGCUCCUGGGCGACUAAAUCCGGGCUCGGACUACACCGGCGGCCACCAUUUCAUCCCCAAUGAAGCAUCCGAAUUCGACCACCUUUAUGUCGCAUAUGAGGGUGUGGGUAUUCAUCAUGACGAUGUCUAUACCGUGGCCACGAUGCAAGUACUUCUCGGUGGAGGCGGAAGCUUUUCUGCAGGCGGUCCCGGAAAGGGCAUGUAUUCGCGGUUAUACACUAGCAUUCUGAACCACUUCCCUCAAGUAGACCAUUGUGCAUCUUUCCAUCACAUUUACAGCGACUCUUCAUUGUUCGGCCUCUUCGCUUCCUUUGACUCCAAGGCGCGCGGAGGCAAUACUCCCACUCAAAUACUCCCUCACCUUAUACAUCAAUUGAGUUUACUCCUCUACACUCCGAUCCCCGAGCAGGAGUUGUCCCGGGCGAAAAAUCAACUCAAGUCCAGCUUGAUGAUGUCUUUGGAGAGCCAGGCUAUCCAGGUAGAAGACUUAGGCAGACAGGUCCUGGUUCAGGGUCGAAAAAUCCCGGUAUCGGAAAUGGUAAAGAAAAUAGAUCUCAUAACACCGCAGGAAAUUCGUCGCGUGGCUUCGACGAUAUUCGGGCUUCACUCUGGAGCAAAACCAACCAUCGUUUGCAUGGGACAAGAUGACGUUGGCGACUACCAAAAAGCCUUUAGAACGUAUGGAUUGGCAGUAUGAUACAACUAUAACCAUCUACAUUAGUGUAUCUUUAUUCUACAUAUAAAUCCUUCUCAGGGUCCCAUCAGUCGCCACGGUUAAGCAAAGUUAAACAGUCAUUCCUCCGUCAGUAUUAGUAC